UUUUACAAACAGAAAUCUACCAUUUAUAAAUGACAUCUUUUUUUUCCUACCUGACCCCUCCAGAUUCGAAACUCUUACAAGUACUCUUAUUUUCUUAGCAAUGUAAGUUAUUGUCAUAAAUUCAGUAAGAAUCUGUUCUCGUUAACAGGAAGUAAUUGGAAACAGUGGCAGUGGACCCAAAGUGUUGCCUGGAAUGCCAUACUUGAAAAUGGUGAUCAUCUAAUCAGACAUGACCAGACACUGUUAAGAAGCUAAGGUUGACUUUGUGGAGCCAGUGCUUACAAAACUCUGUUUGGAGCACUGGCCUGGCUCCUGGCUUACAGGUCUCCUGGCUUGGAAUUCACACUAAUGGACCGGAGUCUAACUGAUAGAUGUGCCAGUGGACCUGCGACUUAUCUGGGUGGCACUUGUCAGAGGCCCCGAGUCUCUCUUUGCACAUGCACAUUUAAUGGAACAACGUCCAUGCUGGUCCAAGUCACCGUGCCUCAGGGGUCCCCAGACCUGUCUCUCCUGGGGCAAGCCUCGGACUAGCGUACAAAAGUCUGGAAUAUGUAAGCAACAUGUCCAACGCCUUGGCCAAUGCAGUAUGCCAGCGCUGCCAGGUGCGCUUCGCCCCUGCCGAGCGGAUUGUCAACAGCAACGGAGAGCUGUACCAUGAGCACUGCUUCGUGUGUGCCCAGUGCUUCCGGCCGUUCCCCGAGGGGCUCUUCUAUGAGUUCGAAGGCCGGAAGUACUGCGAACAUGACUUCCAAAUGCUGUUUGCUCCCUGCUGUGGAUCCUGCGGUGAGUUCAUCAUUGGCCGUGUCAUCAAGGCCAUGAACAACAAUUGGCACCCGGGGUGCUUCCGCUGUGAGCUGUGCGAUGUGGAGCUGGCUGAUCUGGGCUUCGUGAAGAACGCAGGCAGGCACCUGUGCCGGCCUUGCCACAACCGGGAGAAGGCCAAGGGCCUGGGCAAGUAUGUCUGUCAGCGGUGCCAUCUGGUCAUUGAUGAGCAGCCCCUUAUGUUCAAGAAUGAUGCCUACCACCCAGACCACUUCAGUUGCACCCACUGUGGGAAGGAGCUGACUGCAGAGGCCCGAGAGCUUAAGGGUGAGCUCUAUUGCCUGCCCUGCCACGAUAAGAUGGGCGUCCCCAUCUGUGGGGCCUGUCGCCGGCCCAUCGAGGGCCGUGUGGUCAAUGCGCUGGGCAAGCAGUGGCACGUGGAGCACUUUGUCUGCGCCAAGUGUGAGAAGCCGUUCCUGGGGCACCGGCACUAUGAGAAGAAGGGCCUGGCCUACUGUGAGACCCACUACAACCAGCUCUUUGGGGACGUCUGCUAUAACUGCAGUCAUGUGAUCGAGGGUGACGGUAAGGCGCCUCUGUCCCUGUCCCUCACACCCCUGGCGCGUGCCUGCCCUCCCUGUGGCGUGUGGGUCCUGCAGCUGCAGGGCCUGCUAAGCCUGCCCGCACCGCCCCUCACAGUGGUGUCAGCCCUCAACAAGGCCUGGUGCGUGCCCUGCUUCUCCUGCUCCGCCUGCAACAGCAAGCUCACCCUGAAGAACAAGUUUGUGGAGUUCGACAUGAAGCCUGUGUGUAAGAGAUGCUAUGAGAAGUUCCCACUGGAGCUGAAGAAGCGCCUGAAGAAGCUGUCGGAGCUGGCCGCCCGCAAGGCCCAGCCCAAGUCCGUGGGCCUCAACUCCGCCUGAGGGGCCUCCUGCCUGCCCUCUGCCUUCGUCUCCCCCACCUGCUGGUGCCCCCUUCCCUUGCUGCCUCCACUCCUCAUUUCUGCUCCCUGUCUGUGGCCUCCUCCUCCUUCCUUCCCUCUUCCCCUUCUUCCCUCCUGCACCUCUUCUCCCCCCUCCUUCUUUCCGUUCCCCACCUCCCUCCCCUGUUCUUUGCUCACCACCCCCUCCUUUGUCCCCUAGUCCCUCACCUCCACCUCCUCCCCAGGACUCUCUUCUCUCCCUUGCCACGGGCUCCUCUCUUUCCUUCUCUGCAGGCAUGGGGCAGACGCAGGGCCCACAAGCUGUAGCUUCAGGUCCACCAGGGACAUGAAUGACUCAGGGCCUGGGGUCACCUGGCCCUUGGUCGUGGGCCACUGCUCCCAGCCCUGCAGGGGUACCCGGCAGCUCACAUUCUCCUGUGGGAGCUGGGCCAGCCUCCACCUCAUAGUGGUCCCACUGUGCGCACGUGGCCCUGGGGAGACCACAGCCAGGCAGCUGCUCCAGCCUCGUGACCCUGGCCAUGUGGAUGCGGGCCACUGAGGAACCACCCUGUGACCCUAGGCCACACACUCACUCAACCAAGUAGGAUCCUUGUGCUUAAACUGCCACUGCACCCCACAAAUCAUCAGGAGGGACAAGGACCCCCUCCCCGCCAUCGCUCAGGAGGCCUCCUUCCUGCAGUCCAGCCUUGGCCACUCCACCCUGGACCAGGGGCCACUGUGGUUCCCCCAAGCUCCUCUGUGUCCCCGUAGCGCUCGGGCUGCCUGCUCCCUACCCCCCGACAAGGGCACACCGUGAUCCUCUGGGCGCAGCUGGCCAGGGGGCGGACAGUAGUGGGCUCAGGUGGGUGGCUCAUUCUGACCCUCCAGGGACGACACUUCCUCCGUGGCCAGCACAGGGCCUUGUGCUUGCAUAAUGAAUGAAGGCUUAUUUACACAA